AAGAGAGCAGCGGCGCAUGCGCAGUGCGAGCGGGGUUUGGUUUGUGUUUACAGCAGCACCGUUGCUGGCUAAUGUCCAUCGCUGUUAUGUCAAGCCUCUCUGGAAUAAAAAGCUUUUGUGGAAACAGGUAAUUUUGCUCAUUAAACUGCCAUUCAUGAGCACGUCUGGCUUGAUUUAGCAGUCAUGGAUGACAAGGCCUCAGUGGGGAAAAUUAGCGUGUCCUCCGACUCUGUGUCCACCCUCAACAGUGAGGACUUUGUCCUGGUGUCCGGCCUGGGGGACGAGACCCCCUCCACUAAUAAUGGUAGCGAUGAUGAAAAGACAGGACUAAAGGUGAUUUCUGAGGAAGGUGUCAGCUUUAAGAUUGUGGGCAACGGCAGUGAGCAGCAGUUACAGCAGGAGCUGGAAGAUGUGCUGAUGGACCCUUCAGUAACUGAACUAGUGGGCGGACCGGACCAUCUGGGAGGGGUCAAGCAUGGCUAUCCCACUACAGCUGUGCCACUGCGGUCCGGACCAAUCCCCCCUAAACUUGAGAUAGUGCUGCCCAUUCAGGGAGCUCAGGAGAGUGAACUCAAUGAGAGAUCUUACAGGGAUGAGCCCUCUGACUUGAGUCCCGGGACCCCCGUCCCAGAUGAAGACAGCGUGGUGUUCAGUAAGCUGACGUAUUUAGGCUGUGCGUCAGUGAACGCCCCGCGCAGUGAGGUGGAGGCUCUGCGUAUGGUCAGCAUCCUCCGCAGCCAGUGCCAGAUGCCCCUGGACGUCACCCUCUCUGUGCCCGGAGUCUCAGAGGGCACCGUCAGGCUGUUGGACCCUCAGACCAGCACUGAGAUUGCCAACUACCCCAUUUACAAGAUCCUCUUCUGUGUCCGCGGCCAUGACGGCUCGCCCGAGAGCGACUGCUUCGCCUUUACCGAGAGCCACUACAACACUGAGAUCUUCCGCAUCCACGUCUUCCGCUGUGAGAUCCAGGAGGCGGUCAGCCGAAUACUCUAUAGCUUUGCCACAGCUUUCCGCCGAUCAGCCAAUAAAGCACCGCUCUCAGCCAAGGCUUCACCAGACAGCGACGUCUUCACCUUCACCGUCAGCCUGGAGAUCAAAGAGGAUGAUGGGAAGGGCACAUUUAGUGCCGUGUCAAAGGACAAGGACAGACAGAGCUUCAAACUGCGGCCAGGCAUGGACAAAAAGAUUGUGAUUUACGUCCAGCAGACGUCCAACAAAGAGCUGGCCAUCGAGAGGUGUUUCGGUCUGCUCUUGAGCCCAGGGAAGAACGUAAAGAACAGUGAUAUGCACCUGCUUGACCUGGAAUCAAUGGGCAAGAGUUCUGAUGGGAAGUCUUACAUCAUCACAGGGAGCUGGAAUCCCAACACUCCUCAGUUUCAGGCCGUGAAUGAGGAGACGCCCAAAGAUAAGUUCAUGUACAUGACGACGGCGGUGGACCUGGUGAUCACGGAGGUGGAGGAGCCUGUGCGCUUCCUGCUGGAGACACGGGUUCGAGUGUGCUCACCCAAUGAUAGACUCUUCUGGCCCUUCAGCAAACGCAGUUACACCGAGAGCUUCUAUCUCAAACUCAGGCCGAUGGAGAACAAGGAGAGGAAGAGCAACUCAGACACGCUGUAUGAAGUGGUGAGUUUAGAGAGCGAGACUGAGAGAGAGAGGAGGAAGACUACUGCGAGCCCUGGCAUCCAGUCAUGCGGCUCUCACAGCUCUACGGUGCCCUCACCUCCUGAGGAUGAUGAGGAGGAAGAUAAUGAUGAGCCGUUAUUAAGUGGAUCUGGAGACGUGUCGAAGGAAUGUGGUGAAAAAAUUCUGGAAACUUGGGGAGACUUACUGUCUAAAUGGCAUCUGAACCUGGCUGUGCGACCCAAACCGCUCCCGGCGCUGGUGCGCAGUGGUGUCCCAGAGGCCUUGAGAGGGGAGGUGUGGCAGCUACUGGCCGGAUGUCAUAACAAUGACCAUCUGGUGGAGGAGUACCGCACACUCAUCACUAAGGUAGACCUACAGUUCCUAUCCUCCACUUCAGUGCACCAGAGGCACAUCUGAUGACAUAAGGCAAAGUAAAGGAUUGACUCCAAUGCAUCUUCUCCAUUAUCAGUGGAUCAAAACAUUUGGAACAUAUAUCACAGUUAAUUAUUCAUAUAACUGUUUUUUCAGUCUCUAACCUUAAGUAUGCCUUAGGCCUUGUUUUUUUUUCGUGUCUAGCGUAUUGUUUCAGUUGGCUUCAGUGGGAGUGCUGCGUUUGUAAAAACGUAUGCGUCUGUUUCACGCUAAGCACGGCACUUGUCACAAAGAGUUUAAAAAAGUUCAAAGUAAAACGCAGCACUUGCCAAUGUCACCUUUUACUCAGCCGUCCAAUCACAGUGAAGAAGGGGCAGGACAAAUGCCACGCCGACAUAACAUCCUACUCAGCAACAAUAGAGAAGUUAAUAUUGCUUGUCUCAUGUAGUAUUAAUGUCUGUAUCAGAAGGCACCCACAGACCACCAUAAUAGUGAUAUGAACAGUAAUGCUUAAAAAAACAUUUCAUUUGUGAUGCAUCAGGCACGCUACUGCCACAGACAUUC